AUGGGAAGCCAAAUAGUUAAAGUGCGCUUCAAAUAUGAACGGUUAGUUAAGUUAUGCUUCUACUGUUGGGGAAUGGGCCAUAUUGAUCGAAAUUGUGAUCGAAGAUCAUCGGACAUUAGCAACGAUAAUGCAGAUCACACCACAUACACUAAACCCAACCACCACAAUAACAUUAUCCCCACAGAAAAUCAAAAAUCACCAGCCACCCUGCUACAUUCAGAAUCUUCUCAUAUUCCUGCUCAAGCAGCCAAAACUAUACCACUAGAGAAAACAUCUACCAAUAUCAACCCAAUCCUCAACAACAUAAUCAACAACACUCAACCCUCAACCAUAGGCUAUCAACCACUGGAUAUGGAAGUUGAAACCACAGCAUCCACACAGAAUACCCCUGAGUUAGCCAUGAUCAUACAUGAACCAUUCCAAGCAUCCACAAAACAAGUUGGCAAGAGAGGACCUAAAAAGGGAUGGAAGAGACAGCAGCAAAGCUCCCCUAAGGAUAUGCAACAACCCUUACAGACAACACCUAGGGGGAAGAGACAAAUAGGAGUCCAGCAAAUGAUAGAGGUUGAUCAAGUAACCUCGCUAUCAGAAGAAGAGAAUCCACUCAAAAAGCUCAAACACAGUUCACAAGGGGUUAAUUAA